GCGAGGGUCGCUGGCCUGACUCGUGGCAGGCGCGGGGCUGGAUGGCCCAGGCGGCUGUCGAGGACCUCGACGGUGGAGACGAGGACCUCUGGGAGGCGCCGGAGGCCGUCGUGCCCGCGCCCGUGGAGGACGGACCCGUGCCGAUCGUCCCACUGGCGGUGGCCCAGGGCAGAUGCUACUGCAGCACGGGCUACACUGCGGGCGGCCUCGAGCAGUGCCGGUUCGCGUGGCGGGCGCUGCGUGUCUCCAGCGCAGAGCCGCCGCUGCGCUUCGUGAAGGCCGAGUUCCUCUUCAGCGACGACGGCUACUGGGACUGGUGGGCCAGCCACCCUGGCCAGCCGAGCGCGGUGACGGUGCGCCCGCUCAUCCACGUGUGCUCGGAGAACCCGUGCUCAGUCUUGGAGGGGCCGGGGACGUGCACCGAGCUGAUCCACGUGUCGGACGGGGCGGAGCUCGGCCUCGGGGACCUGCGGGCGCUGUUCGUCGAGUGCCAGGAGACGAACCCCGAGGCGGCUUGGCCAGCAGCAAGCCUCGGGCCGCUGGUCGCCGCCGCCGCCCCCGCGAGGCCCGCUGCGGUGGCCAAAGCGGCGGGCCGCCCACCAGCCGCAGCAGGUCCUCCCAGGGUCCCGCCUGGCGCUGCCCCUUUCGACGACUUCCUGAGCGUGAGAGGCUCGUCGCGCGGGCCUGGCUCAGAGCUGGCCGCAGGCGAGGAGGCAGCUGCCGCGGGCGGCCUGGGAGGCAAGCUCGAGGGUGCUCGUGUGCGCUUCGAGGAGGGGAAGCGGGCUGCUGGCGACGUCAACCUGGACGGCUUCCCCCUCGGCGCAGAGGCGGCUGGCGAGGGGCCUGUGAAGAAGCGGUCGCUCGGAGACCUGCUGGUCGAGCGCGCCGCGAAGCUCAAGAGGGCCGCCUCGGACGCGGCCCCCCGAGGGUCAGGAGACCCCGUGCCCGAUCGGGCGCUGCCAGGAGCUGGUCCGAGUGGCGGCAUGGCGGAGCUGGCGCAGGCGCUCGUGAUGGCCAUCCGCGAGGGCAAGGAGGGUCCCCCUGGCGACGGCGGCGGGGACGGCCUCGGCUCCUCGGACCCCGCGGCGGUGCCGCGCGACCUGGCCACGAAGAGGGCCUUCUGUCGUCGGAUGGCCGCCGCCUCCCCAGGCCGCCUCACGGAGCUGAGCCUGCAGCAGAUGGCGGACUUCCUGGGCUCGCAGGAGAUCGGCGUGCAGACGCACCGCGAGCUCCGCACCCUCGCGGAGGCGGUGGACCUGCUGACGCAGGGGAAGGCGGCCCACGCCUGCGACCUGAUCGUCCAGCGCCUGAAGGCGCUGCAGGUGGCAACGACGGAUGGCUCGUGGGCGGCGGCGAAGUGGUUGGAGCUGAUCCCGCCGCGCGACGAGCCCACGGCCAUCCGCAGCGAGGAGGGGGAGCUCAUCCGCAGCAUCCAGCUCGGGGAGAUGAAGCUGGACGAGCUCUCCGCGCGGCUGGCCGAGGGGUCGGCAGCCCCACCGCCGUGGAAGAUGUCCUUCGCGGAGAUGCGGAAGAAGUUUCCGAAGCAGCCGGGGGAGACGAACACCCAGCACCGCCUGCGAGGCGUCGCGGAGCCCCCGCUGGCCACCGCGCUGCAGUGCUGGUCCGACGAGCUCUCCUUCGGCUUCGGCAAGAGCAUCGUCGCGGUCGACCUGGCGGCGCGGCUGGAGGUGGACCGCUGGCUGGCCCACAGUGCCUUGCCCAAGGCACGCAGGUGCCGCCGCCGCGCCGUGGCGCGGGAGGUCAGCGAGCAGGCGUGGCUGUACCUCAGCGUGGUGGCGCUCAACUACGCGUUCUGCGGCCGCGCGCAGGAAGGCUGGCGCCACAGGCCGACCCUGUCGAAGGUCUACGUGCACCUGAAGAGUCGAGCGGCGGCCCUGGCGGAGGACCCGCUGGCCAUGGUCGUGGUCCCCGCGAUCGACGAGCUGGCGGGCGGAUGCGGGUCAGUGUACGAGGGCGAGACGGGCGUGAAGGCCCUCCCCUGCCGGCUCUGCGAGCUGGCCCCUGGGCUGCCCGCGCGGGAGUGCGCUGCCACGCUCGACGCGAUCGACUUCGUUGACGACGAGGUCGGCGCCUGGCUGCGCCGCCCCGAGCUGGCGCUCCUCGACCAGUCCGACUGGCCCGACCCGCUGCCGCGGGCCCGCGUGAACGUGGAGACGGAUGCGGACUGGGAGGAGCUGGCGCUGCACCUCGUGUCGCUCGGCAUCUUCACCACGCUCGCGGAGAGCGAGCUGGUCCGCGUGAGGGGCGAGCCCGUGCUGAACGGCCUGUUCGCGGUGGAGAAGAAGGGCACUCCAGCGCCUGGCGCCACGCGGGUCACCAGGCUCAUCCUCAACAUGGUGCCAGGCAACUCGCUCCUGAAGGCCCACGUGGGCGAGGCGGCGCUGCUCGCGGCCUCGACGUCCUGGACGUCGGUCGUGAUCCCCGAGGGGAAGCUGCUGCUGUGGUCGGGCGACGACCAGAAGGGGGCCUUCUUCGUGUGGCGGGUCCCGCCCGCGUGGCACCCCUACGUGGCCGUGGGGCGGCCGCUCGCGGGCGAGCUGUUUGGUCGCUCGGAGCCCGUCGUCUACGUGACCUCGGCUGUCAUCGCCAUGGGCUGGUCGCUCGCGGUGCCCGUUUUCCAGCACAUCCACCGACGACUGUGCCGCCUGGCGCCGCCCCUCGGGGCGGGGCUUCCCUCGGACGGGGAGUGGCGCAAGGAUUGCGCGCGGCCCCUGGUCGAGGCAGGCAGCGGCCAGGACGCUGGCUGGUGGCAGGUCUACAUCGACGAUUUCGAUGCGCCGGAGAUCGUCGAGGAGGUUCUGGCCCGCAAGCUCGCGGGGACCCCGAGCGACCUCCAACUGCAGGUCCGCGCCAGCUACGAGAGGGCAAGCGUCUCCUUCUCGGCCGAGAAGGCGCACUGCAGGCAGCUGAGGGUCGAGCGCAUGGGCGCGGACGUCGACGGCGUCAGCGGGCGCCUCGCGGUCCCCGCUGCCAAGGCGCUGGCCACUGCGGGCCUCUGCUUGGCCGCGGUGCAGCGGCGCCUGGUCCCGUGGCGCGUGGCCGUGGCGGCCCUCGGCAAGCUCGUGAGGGCCUUCGAGUUCAGGCGGCCGCUUUUCGGGGUCCUGAACUCCGUCUGGACGCUGGCUGCGUCCUCAGCGCAGGGGGCUUACCUGGACGCAGAGAUGGUGGAAGAGCUCCUCAUGGGCGUGAUGGUCCUGCCGCUGGCCGCCUCCUCGCUGCGGGCGCGCAUCGACGGCGUGGUCACGUCCUCGGACGCGUCGGAGAUGGGCGGCGGCGUGUGCACGUCAGCUGGCCUGCGCGAGGAUGUCGCCGCCGCCUUGCAGGUGCCGAGGACGGUCCCCGACCAGCUGGGGAUAGGGGCCAGGCUCCUCAACAUGCCCGAGGACCCCGCCCGACCGUGGGCGGCAGCCAACCCACGCGUCCCCGCCAGGGCAGUCCGCAGGGUGCUGUCGGUGCUGCUCAUCGGCCUGUUCGACGGCAUCGGAGGCCUCGCCGUCGCCUUCUCGAGGCUGCCCGUCCGCAUCGCGGCCUUCGUCGCGGCCGAGACGGACGCCAAGGCGAGGCGCGUUGUCAGACUCCGCUGGCCAGGUGUCAUCGACUGGGGCGACGUCACCCGUGUGGGCAGCGAGACGGUGCGGGAUUUGUUCGAGGCGUUCGGCGGCCUCGUCGACCUGGUGGUGGUCGCAGCGGGCAGCCCCUGCCAGGACCUGUCACGCCUCAACGUCGGCGGGCGCGGCCUCAGCGGCAGGAAGUCCUCGCUGUUCCACGAGGUGCCACGCAUCCUGGCUCUCCUCGCCGCCGUCUUCAAGGACAGGCUCGUUUGGUUCGUGGAGAACGUGGCCAGCAUGUCCGACGCCAACGUGGAGCUGAUCUCGGAGGCGCUGCAGGUGAGGCCGACGCUGGUGUGCUCGUCGGUGUUCGUGCCGUGUCGCAGGCCGCGCCUGUUCUGGACGAGCUGGGGCGUCACCGCAUCGGCGCCUCUUCGGCUGACCGACCGCGGAGUCUACGACGAGCUGGGGGCCCUGGCGUCCCGCUCAUGGUGGGCUGCGGACGGGCACGGGUAUCAUGUGGCUUUGUACGAGGACAAAAACAUGAUCUGCAUCUCCUCGUUCCCUUUCCUGCGCCUCCCCACCAGCGAGGAGAGGGGGCGGCUCCUUGGCUUUGAUGUGGGGUACACCUCCCUAGCCACCAAGGGCUCGAACCCUCAGGGCGCCUCCGACGCCAGGGCCUUCCUCCUCGGCAACAGCUUCAGUAUUCACGUCGUGGCAUGGUUGUGCCAGCAGCUCCUGCACCGCCGCGGCGCGCUGAACAGGGAGCUGUCGAUAGAGGAGGUGUCCCCCGUCCGCGUGUGCCGGGCGACGUGGGACCAGGCGGGGGCCUUCGUCACGGAGCCAGGAGAACCGGACACCGCGGAGGCGAGGCAGCUGGUCCUGCACUACCUCAGCCGCGCGGAGAAGGGCGGGUCGGACGUCAGGCUGGACUGCGGCGUCCCCUACCGCCCGCGAGGUUGGCCGAGGACGAGCUUGGGCCCGUUCGCGUGGAAGUGGCGCGUGGUGGUCAGCAUGGCGUGGCCUGGCCGGAGCUCCACCCACAUAAACGUGAGAGAGUUGCAGGCGGCCACGGCGGCGAUCAGGUGGCGCGCCCGCAAGGUCGCGCAGCACGGGGGCAGGUUCUUGCACCUCGUCGACAGCCAGGUGGUCGCGGCCAUCGUGGCGAAGGGCCGCAGCAGCAGCAGGAAGCUACAGCCCAGCCUGAGGCGCUGGAUGGCCGUCGUCGUGGCGGCCGACAUGUACCCACUGAUCGGCCACGUGGUCUCAGAGGACAACCCUGCGGACGAGCCGUCGAGGGUGUCAGCGGAGACGCGGCGGCGCUACGGGCGGGCCCUGCGCGCGCUGCUGGCCCACUUUGGGGCCGAGCAGGCGGGGGCGGACGCCUUGCGCGGCGACCCCGAGGACGCAGACGCCCUCGUCGCGGAGUACCUCGAAGGCCUGUGGGCCUCUGGUGCGGGCAUCGCGGCCGCCAACAACACGCUGGCGGGGGUGUGCUUCGCGGCGCCUCGUCUGAGGCGACACCUCGACCUGAGCUGGACUCUCCUCAAGGCAUGGAGGCAUCAUGAGCCAGCGUCCAGGGUGCUGCCGCUCACGACCGAGGCCGUCGCGGCCAUGGCAGGGUUCGCGUGCGCUGCAGGUGCUUUCGACGUGGCCGCCCUCCUUCUCGUCGGCUUCGAGGGCAUGCUCCGAGGCGCGGAGGUGUUUGCCCUGACGGUGGGCGACAUCGUCGACCGCGGCGAGCUGUUCAUAGUCCGCAUCAGCUCGUCCAAGACCACGGCGGGCAAGGACUGCGCGGAGGCAGUCGUCGUCCGCAGCAGGAUGGCCGUGGCGCUCCUGCGGAUUGCGGUCCGCGGCCUGGGUGCAGGCGCGCGGCUCUCAUGGAGGACGCCGUCCCAGCUGCGUGGUGCCCUCCGCGCCUUGGCGAGGGGCCUGGGCCUGGCGGGGCCCAUCACGUGGCGCAGCCUGCGACGUGGCGGGGCGAGCGCCUUCUUCGUCAGGAGCGGCUCCAUGGAGGCGACCCUCGUGGCGGGUCGGUGGGCCUCCUCCGCCACCGCACGCCUGUACAUCGAGGGCGCGGUGGCCGACUCAGUGCGCGCCCAGCCCGGGAGCGAAGCAGCCCGCGCCGUUGCGCGGGGACUGCGGCUCCUGCAGCUGGCCACUGUCAAAGGCCACUGCUCGCGCCCAACAGUGCUUGCCGAAAAUCGGGCGUUUGUCUUCGCUUCGGCGAAGGCAACCGCCCUCCCGCCGUGGGGCCGCGUGGCCCUCUCUCUCUCUCUGGGUCUGGUUUCCGGGGUCCCCUGGGUCCGCCCGUUGUGUGGGGCGUUCUCUGUUUGGGGUCCACGCCCGUCUCGCCUUCUCCGUGCAUCGUUUCACCUCCUCCCGUCGCCUCCCCCCGUCACCUCCUCCUCGUGUGGAGUGUAA